GUGAGAGUUAGCAGGGGAAAAAAAAGUUUAAUUCAAACUUGAGCUGUCUCUCUUAAGUCAUUUUGAGAAACAGCAUCACACAUCUUGCCUUCAGGCAGCAGGAAAGAGUCAGCAGAAAUGGGAAUCCUGAAGUUAAAGAUGCUGAAACUUUUACUUUUGUUGACCUUCACAGAGAUUUUUGCAGCUGAUAAUGAUAUCACCCUGUCAGUGUUCACAGUAACAUCUAAAAGUAUGACAGUGCAGUGGAGCGGUCAAACUGGUGCCAGCUCCUACAAAAUCACAGCAAUACCCAAGAACUCUCCGGAACGAUCCGUCUUCGCUCAGUUCAGUGGCAACACGGUGAUGGGUUCAGUCAACUCCCUGUCCCCAAACACAGUGUACACCAUGCAGCUGGAGGCCAUGGACAACACAUUCAACGUGCUCAGCAGUGCAGAGACGGAGGAGACCACUGCCCCUGAAGUCCCCAGCAUCGAUCAGGCCUACUCCAAACACAGCGACAGCAUCACUGUGGAGUUCACACAGGUUUCCGGGGCAACCAGCUACAUCCUGAGGGCAGAGUCAGUUAUUGGGGAUUUCUUCUCCGAGACUGUGGUGAGCAGCUCACCGGGCACUGUGAUGGAGCUGCAGCCCUUCACAGAAUACAAGCUGAGUGUCAUGUCCGUCAACUCUGGGGGGCGGAGCCAGCCGUCUUACCCCAUCCAAGCUGGGACAGUGGUAAUGGCACCCAAGUUGAACACUAGCUCCCCUGAUGACAGCACCAUCCUUGUAACCUGGACCCCGGUGGAGCACGCUGUCCUCUACACCCUCUGCUUCAUCAGAGAGGGCUCGAGCUCUCGCCUCAAACUGAACACCACCGACACCAUGGUGACAUUUGAUGACCUUGAAUCAGGAACCAAUUACUGUAUCAAGGGCACGGCAUGGGACUCUGAGGGUAGAGUCGGAGAUGACAUCACCAUCUGCCAGAUCACACGUCCUCCAAGCCCAGAUGUGAUCCAGGUCCAGGUUACUACGGGUCGGUCACUUGGGGUCACUGUGUACUGGCAGUUAGUGCAGGGAGCUGAGAGCUACGUGGUCUGGACUACCAAUGGCCAAAACUGCACUUCAACAGGCAGUAGUUACUGCUUUAUCAUACCUGUGGAGUGCGGACAGAACCAAUCUGUCUUUGUCAUAGCUUAUAACAGAGCUGGUGCCAGCAGCCCCUCAGAGCCCGCAGACUACAUCACAUAUCCAUGUCCACCAAAGAACAUCUGGGUGGAGGAGCCUACGGCCGGGAACUGCUCGGUGGUGUGGGAUCAGGUGCCGCUGGUUGAGUACUACAUGGCCUUCAUAAAGAGGGGCGACGGGAUGGAGGAGUCUUGUAACACGACUGGGACCUCCUGCCCGUUUUUCUGCAUGUGUGGCUACACCUACCUCACCACUGUCUUCCCCUACAACCAGGCCGGCUCUAGCCCCUACUCACAAGUCCAAAAUUACACUACCAUCCCUUGCUGCCCAGAUGGCGUUACCGUGAAUCUGGUUUCUACAGAGACUCUGGAGGUGAUGUGGUCACCAGUCAAAGGGGCCGAGCUGUACGAGACCACCGCGGCACAAACCGAUGACACCAUCCACUGUAACGACACAGCACCCGUGUGUGUGCUGUCCGACUUAAGGUGCAACACGGUUUACUCUGUGACCGUCACACCGUGCAGCGAUUUAAGAGGAUGCAACCGCACCUGCAAUCCACACACACAGGAGACAGCUCCGUGUGCUCCAGAGAUCAUAAACAUGACGCAGACGGACGACUCCACUUACAGAGUCCUUUUCACAAACCCCAACAACCCCAACACAAAUUACACUAUCACUGCCAUCGGACGGCAAGACAUCCACAAGUGUCAUGCAAGAAACAACUCGUGUGAGCUAACAGAGCUGCCCUGUGGCUCAACAUAUGAGGUCAUGGCAGUGGCAACAACUACAGUGGGGAGAAGUCUACCUGGAUACACUAAACCUUUAGAGACAGGUCCUUGCUGCCCCAUGUUUAUAAAUGUGACCCAAGUCACCCAGGCUAUGACCAAUGUGACCUGGUCGCCUGGCAGUGGAGCUCGCUCAUACAUCGUCACCCUGACGUCCUCACGCGGCCAUGCUAAGUGUCACACCCUGGACACCCACUGCCUGAUGGGAUGCAUCACCUGUAGCACCAACUACACCGUCAACCUGGAAGCCAUCAGCAGCUCAGGACACAUGUCGGAGUGCAAACAUCAUGGAUUUUCAUCAAGUGCCUGCUGUCCAACAAGUGUCAAGCUCUACCGCAGGACCAACCAGUCUCUCAGGGUGUACUGGCGCUCUUUGGGGCCUCAGAUCCAGAAUCACACAGUAGAGCUGUACGGGACAGGGGCUAACCACACCUGUGUCGGCAAGAAAUACUGCGACAUCCCGGAGGAAACAUGUGGGGAUGUGUACACAGUGGUGGCAGCACCGGUGGGACUGAAUGGGGACAAAGUGAGCUUCUGUCGACCCAGGAUGUUCUCAGUUCCCUGUCCUGGAAGUAAUGCUGGUAUGAUGAUCUCUCAUGGAAGACGCAGUGUGAAUUAAUUUCGGUAAGUUUAUUGUUAGUAAACUCU